CGCCCCCUGCUCCCAACACCCGGGUUUCACCCCGCCAUGGUUCGCUUGGCGCUGCUGUGCGUGCUCUGGGGCUACUUGCUGACAGCCGUCCACCCAGAGGCACCUCCUAUGUGCACGGAAAAUCAAUUCCCACGAGACAAUGUGUGCUGUGAUAAGUGUCCACCAGGAGAGAAGCUGGUGGAUGAAUGCACGGAGUUCAAGGCCACGCAAUGCGUUCGCUGCCAACAAGGCGAAUUCCUAGACACCUGGAACAGAGAGAGACACUGUCGUGUGCACAGAUACUGUGACCCCAAUCUAGGGCUCCAGGUCCAGAAAGAGGGCACCUUAGAAGCAGACACCACUUGUGUCUGUGAGGAAGGCCGCCACUGCACUAAUGAUGCCUGUGAGCACUGUGAUCUGCACACUUCCUGUGGCCUUGGAUUUGGGGUCAAGGAGCUGGGUACAGGGGCUUCUGAUACCAUCUGUGAACCUUGCCCGGAUGGCUUCUUCUCCAAUGUGUCAUCUGCUUCUGAAAAGUGUCACCCUUGGACAAGCUGUGAAAGAAAAUAUCUGGUGGCGCUCCAGGCGGGAACGAGCACUUCCGAUGCUGUCUGUGGUUUGCAGAAUCGGAGUCGAGCCCUUCUGGUGAUCCCUCUCGUUAUUGGGGUCCUGGUUGCCAUCUUGUUGAUGUCUCUGUACUUCACCAAGUUCCCAGGAAGGGUGUUCAGGAAGCCGAAGGAUAAGGGCCUCCACUGUACGGUUGACUGGCAAGGUCCUGUGGAAAUGGGUGACCCGGAUGAUUUCCUUGGCCACAACACCGGUGCUCCAGUGCAGGAGACUAUGCAUGGAUGUCAGCCAGUUACCCAGGAGGAUGGCAAGGAGAGCCGCAUCUCGGUGCAAGAGAGACAGUGAGACGGUGCCUACCUAGGACGUGGCAGCAUGGGCACAGAGCACCCGGAUGGAGAGCCUGGCACUUCUGCAGUGGUGACAGCAUGGAGAGGGGAGCUUAACUCUGACCAGGCACAGGCCCCUCUGCCUGCACUGCCAGAGUCUGAGAGCAGCCCUAGGCUCAGCAUGCGACACAGGACCAGUUCACCUCUGAGAACUUCGGUGCGGGUUUUGGAGCCCAUCCAACUGCCCUGCCUGCUUCUAAAGCUGGAGGGAGAGCUCUGGUGUUGGGAGAGUACAGGAACACCUCCCACAUCUCCCAACCCAACCUUGCAGUUUGGGGACCAGGCCUCACCACGUGAUUUCCAUGAGCCCAGGGAGGCAUAGACACCAAUGCCCACUGCAGCGCUGUUUGUCAUCGUGAAAAACUGGUGGCCACUGAACUGUCCAUCUGCAGGGGACUGUCUACAUAGAACUGGAAGCAUUUAUACAACAGGAUCUCAAAAACACUGCCACAUGAGAAAGUCAGAUGGCAUAUAUGAAAACUCCCAUAUAUAUACACUAUAUAUAAAAAUAUAAUAGUGUAUAUAAUAUGUGUAUAUAUUAACAUAUAAAUAUAGGAGAAUUGUGGAUCCAUGUAUAAAAAUAGCGUAUGUCAUAUAUAUAGGUAAGAAAGGGUUCUAGACAGAUAUAAAGAAAUCCUCAACUUGAA